UAAAGAUGGGGUUUUCAAUUUUCUAAGUAGAAAGUUUUAUAUAAAAUAUAUAUUUUUUAUAUUUUUAGGUUUUUAUGUGUAGAUUUUUGGAGACACUCAUUUACUUCUGGGUCACUUUACUGAGUUUAUUCGGACAAACCCUUUAGGAAAAUAGUUACGUACAAAACUUAAAAGGUCUGCUCAAAAGGUAAAUGAAUGAAUGAAUGAAUAAAUAAAUAAAAUCCAAACGUCAUUAUUGCGUUUCUUAAGUUAUCACUUUUUUUUUUUUUUUUAAUAAAACAUAGAUAAUAAUUACACAAACUAAAGUUUCAUGAGCGCGAGACCCUUCUUGGAGGACCGCCCCGUUAUUCCUGUUAACCUAUCAGCGGUUCUGUUUCAAAACCCACAUGCAACAACGUCAUUACUAUGGUUUGACGUGUCAACAUGGCGGCUUCCAUGGCAUCCCAGGCUGCAGCAAGAGGACUCAGGACAGCAGCGUCAAAAAGCAUUCUUGUGGACAAAUUAAAGUGCACCUGGCUGAAUCCCAGGAGAUGGCUGAAUCUACAAGAGUACCAGAGCAAGAAGCUGAUGCAAGAACAUGGUGUGGCAGUACAACGCUUCUACGUGGCUGACACUGCUUCAGACGCUUUAGAUGCUGCAAAGAGACUCAAUGCCAAGGAAAUCGUGCUGAAAGCUCAGAUUCUGGCUGGGGGCAGAGGCAAGGGUGUGUUUGACAGUGGCCUUAAAGGUGGAGUGCACUUAACUAAGGACCCUGCAGUGGUUGGUGAUCUGGCUAAUAAGAUGCUUGGUUUUAAUCUGAUUACCAAGCAGACACCUAAAGAUGGAGUCAAAGUGAAGACGGUGAUGGUUGCUGAGGCCUUGGACAUUAGCAGAGAGACUUAUUUUGCCAUUCUCAUGGACCGCGCCUGUAACGGUCCUGUCAUGGUGGGAAGCCCUCAGGGAGGCAUGGAUAUCGAAGAGGUGGCUGCCAGCACCCCAGAACUCAUUUUUAAGGAAACCAUAGACAUAUUUGAAGGCGUGCGAGACGACCAGGCACUUCGCAUGGCAGCUAAUUUGGGUUUCAAAGAAUCUCUGCAGAGACAGGCGGCAGAUCAGAUUAAGAAGCUCUAUGAUCUGUUCCUGAAAGUCGACGCCACUCAAGUCGAAGUCAAUCCUCUUGGAGAAACUCCCGAAGGACAAGUGGUUUGCUUUGAUGCUAAAAUCAACUUUGACGACAACGCAGAGUUCCGUCAGAAAGCCGUGUUUGCCAUGGAUGACAUGACUGAGAGCGACCCCACAGAGAUGGAGGCUGCCAAGUGGGAUCUCAAAUACAUUGGAAUGGAUGGAAACAUUGCCUGCUUUGUAAAUGGGGCUGGUUUGGCAAUGGCCACGUGUGACAUUAUUGACCUGCAUGGAGGAAAGCCAGCCAAUUUCCUUGACCUGGGGGGCGGAGUCAAAGAAAGGCAGGUUUACGAGGCUUUUAAGCUCCUCACUGCUGACCCAAAGGUGAGACGUUGCUGUUAAAGGAGUGAAUGUGUU